UAGAGGUUCUCUACCCAGGGCCAGUCGAACACGCUAUUAAUUCCGAAGUUUCCGCUACAAGUCGCCACUACCUACAUAUUUACGUUAUUGACCAAAACAUUUUAAAACAUAAUCAGACAAGAUUAGAUAGGUUAACUACGAUGUCAAAGAAGGCGAGAGUUUUCGAUGUGCAGGAGAUGAUGCAGAAUAUCAGGCAGACCCUUCAGAACAACAAAGCAACUGGGUUCCAACAAGAAAAAUCCGUCGACGAAAGUGCGGAUUCCAAAGAUGACAGCAAAGAAAGCGACGACGAAGAUAAUUUGAUUGGUCCACCGAUACCACUUCCGCUACCUGCUGAUGUAAACACGAAAACUUCGGACGCAGAUGAGAAAAAGAAGAAGAAUGUUAAGAGCGCCGACAACGACGACGACGAUGACGAUGACGACGAAUCGUCCGAUGACGAGUCGUCCAACAAGAUUCCGUGUACCCACGAAGUGACAAUGACGCAUGGCACUAAAGCCGUCACCGCCAUCGCCGCGGAUCCCUCCGGCGCUCGAUUAGCCUCCGGAUCUGUUGACUACGAUGUCUGCUUCUGGGACUUCGCAGGUAUGGACUCGUCCAUGAGAAGCUUCAGGACCCUACAACCCUGCGAAAAUCAUCCCAUCAAAUGUCUACAGUAUUCAACAACCGGUGACAUGAUACUGGUGAUAUCUGGAGCAGCACAGGCCAAGGUCCUGGACCGGGACGGCUUUGAAAAGUGUGAGACGGUGAAAGGUGAUCAAUAUCUCAUCGACAUGUCACGCACGAAAGGUCACACUGCCAGUCUGAAUAGUGGUGAUUGGCAUCCAUCUGUGAAGGAACAGUAUCUCACUUGCUCUCAAGAUAGCACCUGUCGGAUUUGGGAUCUGAAUAGUCCACGUUGUCACAAGAGUUUGAUAAGGUGUAGGGCUCAGAAUGGCGUGAAGACUAUGCCAACCACUUGUGCAUAUAAUCGAGAUGGUAAUGUAAUCGCUUGCGGGUGCAUAGAUGGUUCUAUUCAAAUGUGGGAUCAAAGGAGAACCUUUGUGACCCCUUCUCUGGUAUCACGUGGUGCACACGCACAACACAGUGAGAUAUCUAGUCUGAGCUUUUCCUAUAUCAAGCGGAUGUUGGCCAGCAGAGCCUGUGAUGACACUCUGAAGUUGUGGGACCUGCGAAUGUUCAAGUCACCGAUCUUUGUGGCAAAGGACUUAUUCUCGCGUUACAACACGACUGAUUGUAUGUUCAGCCCGGACGACACGAUGGUGGCCACGGGAGAGUCCUUAAACAAAAAUGCAGAACAUGGCAGGAUGUUAUUUUACAGCAGCACGACGUUCGACUUGGUCAGCCAGAUCUCUGUGACAAAUUCACAUGUGAUCAAAACUCUGUGGCAUCCAAAACUGAAUCAGGUGUUUGUUGGCUGUGGCAACGGUAUUGUGAAGGUGUACUAUGAUCCUAAGAAAAGCAUGAGAGGUGCCAAGCUGUGCGCUGUCAAGACACAUACCAAACAGAAGCACAUUGAGAUAAUGUCUACACAGCAAAUCAUAACGCCUCACGCACUUCCUCUGUUUCGCCAGGACAGGCCCAAGUCAGUUCGUAAACAGAUGGAAAAAGAUAGGCUGGAUCCUGUUAAAUCCAGACGUCCUGAUCUGCCUAUUACUUCUGGUCAAGGUGGUAGAGUGGCAUCCUCAGGAGGAACACUGAGUUCCUAUGUCAUACGAAAUCUUGGCUUGAGCAAGAGGAUAGAGGACGAUCAAGAUCCCAGGGAAGCUAUCCUUAAAUAUGCCAAGAUAGCAGAAGAGAAGCCGUAUUGGAUUGCACCAGCAUACAAGAGAACACAGCCAAAGACUAUAUUUCAAACUGAUGAUCAGGACAGUGGCCCAAGCAAUAAAAGACAGAAACAGUGAACUUAUAUUUUGUAACAUAUCACAUAUAAAUUUAAGUUUAAUUAUUUAUACAUAAUACACAUAUUACUACUAAAAACUAA